AUGGCUCUCCAUCUUGGCCUUUCUCCUCUUACCAUCAACCUCGCCCAUCCUCACAGAAGGCUUGCUAGCUUCACAACCCCUAGGAGUUGUCAUGUGGCACACAAAAUCCCUUGUGCAACAACUGAAAGAAGAUCUGCAAACUUCCAGCCUAGCUUGUGGGACUAUAAAUUUAUACAAUCCUUAAGGGGUAGUCAAAAGUCCUACUAUCUUUAUCCAUUCAUCGUUCAGGAUGAUGCAAAAAAUGCUCAAAGGAUCGAAAAGUUGAAGGAGGUGAGAAAUCUAAUUGAUGAGGAAGCACUCGUAAGGCAGCUUGAGCUCAUUGAUGCCCUUCAACAACUUGGUAUAGAAUAUCACUUCGACAAGGAGAUCAAAGAUAUAUUGGCCACCACAUUUGCAUCAUUGGAAAACAUAAGCAUGAUGCUAAGUGAAAACCUUUAUGCCACCGCCCUACUUUUUAGAGUCCUCAGGGAACAUGGGUUUCAUGUCUCACAAGAUAUAUUUAGGAGCUUCAAAGAUGAGAAGGGCAGAUUCAAGGCCUACCUUUGCAAAGAAACUAAAGAUAUCUUGAGUUUGUAUCAGAUUUCCUAUUAUGCUUUGGAAGGGGAGACUACAUUGGAUGAAGCUCGAGACUUCACAACCAAACAUCUGAAGAAUCUAAAUGCUAACCUAUUAGAUGAGCCCUAUCUUCAAGAGGAUGUUGCCCAUGCCUUGGAGCUUCCUUUGAAUCGGAGGAUGCGCAGGUUGCACACCCGAUGGUUUAUCGAUGCAUAUAAGGAGGAGGACAGUAUGCAUCCUGUUCUACUUGAACUAGCUAUGCUGGAUUUCAAUGCAGUUCAAGCUACAUAUCAGAGUGAAUUCAAAGAAGGGUCCAAAUGGUGGAAUGAUUUGGGCCUCGCAAUAAAGCUUAGUUUUGCAAGGGAUCGAUUGAUGGAGUGCUACUAUUGGUCCAUAGGGUGGGCUUUUGAGCCUAGGUUUGGCUUCUACAGGAGAACAGCCACACGAGUUAAUUGUUUCAUAAGUGCGGUCGAUGAUAUCUAUGAUGUCUAUGGUACAUUGGAUGAGCUUGAGCUCUUUACUAAUGCAGUUGAAAGAUGGGAUGUCAGUGCAAUGGAGCAACUUCCGGAUUAUAUGAAGCCAUGCUUUUUAGCAUUCAUUAACACAACCAAUGAAACAGCCUAUUAUGUCCUUAAAGAGAAGGGGAUAGACGUCAUUCCAUGCCUAAGAAAGCAGUGGGCAGAUCUAUGCAAGUCUUUCUUGGUGGAAGCAAAGUGGUACCACAGUGGUUAUACCCCAACAUUUAAGGAGUACUUGGAUAAUGCAUGGAUUUCUUCAUCUGCUCCUGUGACACUGACUCAUGCAUACGUUUGUGUGAGCCAAGAAAUCACACAGGAAGGUCUAGAAUGCAUAAUGAGUUAUCCAGAUAUUGUGCAAAGCACAGCCAAGAUAUUUCGACUUUGCGAUGAUUUGGCAGGUUCAAAGGAAGAACUUGAGAGAGGUGAUGUAUCUUCAGCCAUCCAAUGUUAUAUGCAUGAUGAGGGUGUUUCGGAGUCUGUAGCUCGCGAACAUAUAAGGGGUAUGAUUGAUGCCUUUUGGAAAGAACUGAAUGGAGAUCGCUUCACCAAUUCUCCAUUCGAGGAAUCGUUCAUAGUUACAGCCAUGAAUGUGGCUCGAAUGGUGGAAUGCAUAUAUCAGUAUGGAGAUGGUUACAGCAUGCCAGACCGCGAAACUAAGGAUCGAAUAAAGUUAUUGUUAAUCGACCCAAUUCAGUUCAAUUAGUGGUAUGAAAUGCUCUUUGUAUCUUACAAAAAGAGCUCCAAGUUUAUUGACUUCUAUGUGAUAUUGAUUUUUCUGUCUUGGUGACCUUGUGCAUGUAUUUGAUGGAUAAUUAUUUUGUUUCUUCCAAGAAAAAACAAUUAUGUAGGUUCUCAUUGGUAACAAAUUAAUGAAAUGAACUAAUGGAACAAA